GUCCCCGUGUCCCCGCGGGCGCGGCCACCGCCGAGCACCCGGCCUGCGCCCGGCACGACUGUAGAUGUCAGGCUUUGCCCGGGGAGCCGAGCGGUGGCGGGGCUGUGAGUUUCAAAUUAACCUUCCGCUUUGUUGCUGUGUAAUGUGGAUCCCCGAAGGCCCCCCGCCCCGCCCGCCCCCCUUCCCCGGGCGGUGCGCGCUGCGAACUGCGAGUUGAGCUUCAUUUACAUAAAGCGAUUCCGGGCGGCGGGCGGGCGGCCGAGCCCGCGGCGGGCAGGCCGGGCCGGGGACGCGAGCGCCGCGCCCCGUGGGUGAAUCCCCGCCGGGCGCCGGGGACCGUCCCUCCCGGGGAGGGGCUACCGCCAGCCCCGGCCACCACCAUGAGCCCCCUUCCCCUGUGUGCGGCCCCCUUGCGCCUUGCCAGAGCCACCUCGGAGCCCCGGGGGCGGCGGGAGGGGGGCAGAAUGCCGCCUGGGGUGGGUAAGUUCGGGGCUCGGGUGCUGCUGGAAUUUCCCGUUGUGGCGCACGCCGCGGCCCCCGGACCUGCGAGAGCCUCCUCCCUCCGGAGGCGUGCGGAGCCUUUGUGUGCCAGGUCCGAUCCGUACUGGGUGCAAUGACAGCUCCACGCAGGCCUUACCAUGGAAGGCUGUGACUCGCCUGUCGUCUCGGGGAAGGACAAUGGGUGCAGUAUCCCUCAGCACCAGCAAUGGACUGAACUCAACAGCACCCACCUCCCCGACAAACCCAGUAGCAUGGAGCAGUCCUCGAGCGAGAACCACGGGCCCCUGGACAGCCUGAGGGCCCCCUUCAAUGAACGCCUCGUGGAGAGCGCUGCCCCGGCCGGCCCUGCUGCCGAGCCCACCGGCAAGGAGGUCAGCUGCAACGAGUGCUCGGCCUCCUUCGCCAGCCUGCAGACCUACAUGGAGCACCACUGCCCCAGCGCGCGCCCCCCGCUGCCCCUGCGCCAGGAGAGUGGGAGCGACAGCAGCGAGGAGGGGGACGAGGAGAGUGAUGUGGAGAACCUGGCUGGGGAGAUCGUCUACCAGCCCGACGGCUCGGCGUACAUCGUCGAGAGCCUGAGCCAGCUGACCCAGAGCGGGGCCGCCUGUGCCAGCGGCAGCGGGCCUCUCCCUCCGCUCUUUCUGAACUCUCUCCCCGGUGCAGGGGGCAAGCAAGGGGACCCUUCUUGUGCUGCACCAGUCUACCCACAGAUCAUCAACACUUUCCACAUAGCCUCAUCCUUCGGGAAAUGGUUUGAGGGCCCAGACCAGGCUUUCCCGAAUACCUCAGCCCUGGCGGGGCUCAGCCCUGUCCUGCACAGCUUCCGCGUUUUUGACGUGCGACACAAAAGCAACAAGGAUUACCUGAACAGCGACGGCUCUGCCAAAAGCUCCUGCGUAUCCAAAGAUGUUCCCAACAAUGUGGACCUGUCCAAAUUCGAUGGCUUUGUGCUCUACGGCAAGAGGAAGCCCAUCCUGAUGUGUUUCUUGUGCAAACUCUCCUUCGGGUACGUCCGUUCGUUUGUGACCCACGCGGUGCACGACCAUCGAAUGACCCUGAGCGAAGACGAGCGGAAAAUUCUUAGCAAUAAGAACAUCUCCGCUAUCAUCCAAGGGAUUGGCAAAGACAAGGAACCCCUUGUAAGUUUUCUGGAACCAAAAAACAAAAACUUUCAGCACCCUUUAGUUUCCGCAGCUAACCUCAUAGGCCCCGGACACAGUUUUUAUGGUAAAUUCAGUGGCAUUCGAAUGGAAGGGGAGGAGGCUCUCCCCGCCGGCUCUGCCGCCAGCCCCGAGCAGCCUCAGGCUAGUAUCUUGACCCCCAGUACCCUCUUGAACCUUGGCGGGCUCACCAGCUCGGUCCUGAAGACCCCCAUUACCUCAGUCCCCCUGGGGCCUCUGGCGUCCAGUCCUACCAAAUCCUCGGAGGGCAAGGACUCGGGGGCAGCAGCAGGAGAGAAGCCAGAAGCAGGCGAUCCGGAUUGCUUCUCUGAGAAAGCAGAGCCAGCCGAGGAGGAGGUGGAGGAGGAG